ACUAAUCUCUUUUGUAGUUUUAUUUCAGAGAGCUCCUCUUCAACUUGCUCUCUCAUCACAAAUCCCACAAGCUGACGAAUGUGAGAUCAUCUUUCUGAAGUAGCCAGCAACUCUAGGGCCCCCCCUCUCCCUUCUUUUAAUCCAUUCAACCUGUUGAAUAAAGAAAGUAGAGAAAGUAUGGUAGGGCUACCAGACUUCCGGUCAGCGAAGCCGGCAACCGUUUUUCUUUGCUUCUAGGGUUUUCAUUCCUCCAUCUGUCUUCAUCGAUUGAGUUUAUUGUUUGCGGAAUUGUUGCAUAAAGUUAAUGUUUUUUUGAUCGGCGAGUAGGGCUUUUUGGUUGCCGUUUCCCUUCGUAUCGUGUUCGUGCGGUUGUGGGCUUCUGUAGUUCUUUUUUAAAAAAAAAAAAUUAUUUCAUUUGAUAAUUAAAGGGGGAGUUGUAUUACCUGUGCUGUUUCCUGAUUGAAUUUUAUAAUUUCUUUUGGCGUUUUUUUUAUUGAAUGCUUUUUUUGACUCAUAUUCCGUUGCUGAAUUUUCCGUUUUUUUCUUUUGGCUCCAUUUGGUCGAUAGUCUAGUGAAUUUCAUGUCUUAUGUAGCUUUAGUUGAAGAAAUAUUAUAGAAAAAGAGCUUUUUUUAGGGUUCUCUCCGAGUAUUUGGUUUUAGUCGGCGAAUUCAAUUGCGAAAUUGAAAGUUUUGUUUGUUUUUGUUUUUCCGUUCGGUUUUUAAGAUAUAUUUUCCUUGGAGCUAUUUUGAUUGAGUUGGCUCUGCAAUAUGGAUUCAAAGAGAGAGGAUAAGUCUGAAGCUGAGAUGAAGCAGUCGAAAUUGAAGGGGUUCGGAAGCUAUAGUGGCAAUGAUAUGUACUUUAGGGCAGAUAAAAUUGAUCUCAAGAGCUUGGAUAUUCAGCUGGAGAAGCGGCUGAACAAGGCCUGGAGUAAGGAUAAGAUUGAGAACUCUAAGGAGGAAUGGGAGAUUGAUUUGUCUAAACUUGAAAUUCGGUAUGAGGUGGCUCGAGGAACUUACGGUACUGUUUACAGGGGCGUUUAUGAUGGUCAAGACGUUGCAGUGAAGCUAUUGGACUGGGGGGAAGAUGGCUAUGCCACCGAAGCUGAAACGGUUGCUCUCAGGGCAUCGUUCGAGAAAGAGGUUGCUGUGUGGCAUAAGCUUAACCAUUCAAAUGUUACAAAAUUUGUUGGUGCAUCUAUGGGAACUAGCGAGCUCAAAAUCCCACAAAAAAAAUCACAGAACAGCGGCGAAAAUUCCCUCCCUGCUCGAGCCUGCUGUGUUGUUGUAGAGUAUCUUGCCGGGGGAACAUUGAAGACAUUCUUGAUUAAAAACAGCCGAAAGAAGCUUGCCUACAAAGCUGUAAUCCAAUUAGCAUUAGAUUUAUCCAGAGGGUUGAGUUAUCUGCAUUCACAGAAGAUAGUUCAUCGCGAUGUCAAAACUGAAAAUAUGUUGUUGGACACCCAAAGAAACCUUAAAAUUGCGGAUUUUGGCGUUGCUCGUGUCGAGGCACAAAACCCCAAGGAUAUGACCGGUGAGACCGGUACCCUCGGCUACAUGGCUCCGGAGGUCCUUGAUGGUAAACCCUACAACAGAAAAUGUGAUGUAUACAGCUUCAGCAUAUGUUUGUGGGAGAUUUACUGCUGUGACAUGCCAUAUCCUAAUUUAAGCUUUGUUGAAAUCUCUUCCGCCGUUGUUAGGCAGAACUUGAGACCGGAGAUCCCUCGCUGCUGCCCGAGUGCAUUGGCGAACAUUAUGCGAAGAUGUUGGGACCCAAAUCCUGAUAAGAGGCCCGAAAUGGACGAGGUUGUAAAGCUUUUGGAGGCGAUCGACACGAGCAAAGGAGGCGGUAUGAUUCCCGACGACCAAGUUACCAAAUGCUUAUGCUUCUUAUUUCCAACACGCGGCCCUUAACCUGUUCUUCACCUUAACAAACAUGUUUUUUCUCUCCUUCCUCUGCCCCUCCAUUUUCUUUUUGUGUGUACAUUAGAUUUUUUUUUUAAAUGAAUGUUGACGAUUUUUUCAGUCU